UGUUACGAUACUAUAACAUCUACCUACGGACUUUGUUUUGAUUUGUACCUGUAACCGCUGGCACUUUUCUCACAUUAAGUCCAAAGGAGUGCUGCUUUUGUUCUAGACAUGUGUGCGCAGCGAAUUUGCCCAGGCUGACCCAAGACGAUCGACAUUAUCAAACACUUCCUUGGCUGUCAUCGAAUCCUAUAUCUAGGUCAUUAACCCAUCUUCUUCAAAGACAUAGAACCACAAUGGACAAAACCUUUGACCAAACCCUCCAUGGUCUCCUCCCCGCCCUCAACGGCGACCUCCCGCCCGAACUCAUCCACCUCACCCGCUCUCUGCUCUCCCAAUCCCGCGCCAAGGCCAGCCUCAAGCAGGACGAAGAAGUCGCAAGGACAUAUGUCUGCGCACACAUUGCGUGCGAACGAUUGAAACAACCCCUCAACCUCCCACAAAUCAUGCCCCGUCCGCCCGUCCCACCACGCGUGUACAAGAAGCUCCACGCUUUUUUCGACUCUGCACUUCCGUCGUCAUCGUCGUCUACCCGUUCCUCCGCACCAUCAGCAACGACACCAUCGCGUACUCGCGCCGCCAAUGCUCCGUCUACCGCACCCCACUCCUCCCCAGCACAAUCCCGCACUCCAACCCGCCGCCGCCGCCACAGCCCAACAGUAACGCCCUCCAAACGCGCCCCCGCAGCACACGCUCGCGUCGAUGUCGUAGACGACGCCCUUGUGCCGGAGUGGAUCAUGCCCGCGAUCCGGCAGCUCUGCAAGACGUUUGGCGAAGCACGUGCCGCGCCGCAUAUUUAUGCUGGUAUGGCGAGUGUGCUGCGGAUGAAGGAUGUUGCCUCGUCGACGGCACCGACACCGACGCGGACAAGGAACCAGAGUCGGGUGCGUUGUACGGCACCAUCUACCACAUCUGCCACAAACACAGAAGUGAACACCGAUACCACUACCUCCCACGUCCCCGCGAUCUUAAUCACGGUGUUUCUAUUCACAUAUGUCAAGAUGACAGCUACGCCACUGACCGCAACCGCCUUUGCCGAGUACCGCGAUCGUGCGAUAAAGGUGCUUGCUGCGAUGGGCAAGGAUGCGGGGCGAGCGCAGCGGGAUAUUGCUGAUGAUGUUCAGGCGUGUGUGCGUGAGGCGCGGGAGGGGUGGUUGGGGUUGGAGUGGUUUGGGAAUGUGCCUAAGGGGGAGGAUGGGGGUGGUGAGGGGGAGGAAGGGGAUGAGGGGGUUGAGAUUGGGGUGGGGGGAAAAGGGGAGGAGGAUGAGGAUGAGGAAGAGGAGGAGGAUAUGUUGCAGGGGGGUCUGGGCACGAUGAUGAAUGGCAGGGUGAAUUACUUGUCACAGGCGCGCAAGGAGGAUUUCGUGGUGUGGUCGAGGGGUAUUAUGGCGCGGGUUAGGCAGUUGGAGGAGGAGGAGGAGGAGGAGGAGGCUGAAGCUGAGGGUGUCGAGGACAUGGACUUGGACAUGGACGUUGACAUAACCACCUAA